UUGUAGCUAUGCUGGUCUGGUUCUUGCCUACUGAAGCCCACUAUACAAUAAUGAACAGAGCACAACUGGAGAUCUUGGGCAGCUACCGUGCGAAGUCUACUCCGCCACGUCUUCCCUUCCACUUCUAGAAGGCUGGAAGUAGGAAAUCAAGCCAUUGAUUGCUGACCUCAAACUGCGGGUCAUGAAACUCCUAGUCAGGUGCUUUGGGCACCCGCAGACUCCUUGGGUGUUCCUUCACCAAGCAAGGAGAUACCUGGCUUCUUUGAUCCCCUCGUAUUACGAAGCUGUUAAUCGGGGUGACCAGGAAGUGCCCGAAUACUUCAACUUCGCAAGCGACGUGGUGGACAAAUGGAUCCAAGAGGAAAAGGAUGGAAAGAGAGCUCGCAACCCAGCCUUCUGGUGGGUCAACAGUCAGAACCAAGAGGUGAAGUGGAGCUUUGAGGAGCUGGCUUUCUUGUCCCGAAAAGCUGCCAAUGUCCUUUCUGGUCCGUGCGGCUUGCAAAGACGGGACAAAGUUUUGAUCGUUCUGCCUCGUAUUCCAGAGUGGUGGCUACUGGUUCUGGCUUGUAUGCGGACAGGGAUUAUUUUUAUUCCUGGAACACCUCAGCUAACUGCUAAAGACAUUUCCUACAGAAUUGAAGCUUCCAAAGCCAAAUGCAUCGUGGUGGCCGAGCAGUCCGUCGUUGCAGUGGAUUCGAUCGCAGCUGAAUGCAAAUGUCUGAAAACCAAGCUUGUUGUGUCCGACAGAGGCAGAGAUGGCUGGCUGAAUUUCAGUGACUUAUUGCAAGCAGCCUCUGGUGACCACGACUGUGUCAAGUCACGAAGUGAAGACUUAAUGCUGAUCUACUUUACGAGUGGAAGCACCGGGUCGCCCAAAAUGGUGGAGCAUUGCCACUCCAGUUAUGGCAUUGGAUUUACAUCCAGUGGCAGGCACUGGAUGAAUCUGUCUCCUUCAACGGUGUUCUGGAAUACCUCAGAUCCAGGAUGGGUAAAAACAGCCUGGAGCAACUUAUUUGGCCCAUGGAUCCAUGGCUCAUGUGUCUUUGUACAUCAUCUGCCCCACUUUGAACCAACAGUCAUAUUAAAUACGCUAGCAAAGUAUCCUAUCACAACUUUCUGUACUGCUCCUACUGCAUAUACGAUGAUGGUUCAGCACAAUGCCACCAGCUAUAAAUUCCGAAGCUUGAAGCACUGUUUGACUGGUGGAGAACCACUUAACCCUGAAGUGUUUGAGCAAUGGAAAACUCAGACUGGAUUGGAUAUCCACGAAGGAUACGGACAAACCGAAACGGUAACAAUCUGUGCGAAUGUCCUAGGAAUGAAAAUUAAGCCUGGCUCAAUGGGAAAAGCAUCUCCACCAUAUGAUGUCCAGGUCGUUGAUGAUGAAGGAAAUAUUCAGCCCUCCGGGAAAGAAGGAGACGUGGCCAUCCGGAUCAAACCCAAACGACCCUUCUGCCUUUUCUCAAAAUACGUGGAUAACCCAGAAAAAACGGCAGCCACUGAACGAGGGGAUUUCUAUAUCACCGGAGACAGAGCGGUCAAAGAUGAGGAAGGCUAUUUUUGGUUUGUUGGCCGGGCCGAUGACAUCAUCAAUUCUUCUGGAUAUCGCAUUGGACCUUUUGAAGUGGAGAGCGCUUUGAUGGAACACCCAGCAGUGGUCGAAUCAGCUGUUGUCAGUAGCCCCGAUCCUAUUAGAGGAGAGGUCGUCAAAGCGUUUAUCAUCCUGUCUCCUGCUUUUCUAUCCCACGAUCCAGAAGCGUUAAUCCAAGAGCUCCAGGACCAUCUGAAAAAAUCGACCGCUCCAUAUAAAUAUCCAAGGAAGAUAGAAUUUGUCCAAGAGCUUCCCAAAACGCCAGCGGGAAAAAUUCAACGGAGCGUCUUACGGCAACAAGAAUGGAGCGAAAUCAAGCGGCGGCUUGACCUUCCCAAAUAAAACGUUUAUCCCGUCCUCUGCUGUCCCAGUUUUCAUUCAUUCUGUUAUUCCGAGCAAAUUGAUUCCAUGCUAGAAGGUUUUAAGUCAAAUUUAGCGUUCUUUUUUUUGUUUUUUUUGUUUACAUUUAUACCCCGCCCUUCUCCGAAGACUCAGGGCGGCUUACAGUGUAUAAGGCAAUAGUCUCAUUCUAUUUGUAUAUUUUUACAAAGUCAACUUAUUGCCCCCCCAACAAUCUGGGUCCUCAUUUUACCUACCUUUUAAAGGAUGGAAGGCUGAGUCAACCUUGGGCCGGGCUUGAACCUGCAGCAAUUGCAGGCUUUGUGUUCUUAAUAACAGGCUUUUACCAGCCUGAGCUAUCCAGCCCGUUCUUGGUGAGUGGCAUUCAAAAGACUGAGCUCUUCUUAUCUUUACAGAUUGAAAUGGAAAGAGAUGAUAUGAUUGAUUGAUUGAUUGAUUUUUCAUGACAGAGAAGAAGAGGAGUAAUGGAAACCGUCUUCAUUCAGGCAUGGAUUUCAUGACAUGUAGUCCUCAACUUACAACAGACGGUUUAGCGACUGUUCAAAGUUACCACAGCACCGAAAAAAAGGUGACUUAUGACCGUUUUUCACACUUACGACCGUUGAAGCAUCCCCCAAUGGUCACAUGAACAAAAUUCAGACACUUGGCAACUGACUCGCCAGCAAAGUCAAUAACUUUUGUAAGACAAAAGUAACACAGCUGUGUUACUAACUUAACGACUGUGGUGAUUCACUUAACAACCAUGAUAAGAAAGGUGGUAAAAUGGGGCAAAAAUCACUUAACAAAAAUCUCACUUAGCAACAGUAGUGUUGGGCUCAGCUGUGGUCGUAAGUCGAGGACUACCUGUAUUCAUUUUUUGGCACUCUUGUUUCUAAUGUGAAAUCUAUUGUUUCCUGAAUAGUUUGUUGAGCUGUGGGCUAGUCGCCAAUACAAAAUAAACAAUAAUGGUAAAGUUGUUUUAACAAACGGUGACAUGAUUAAAAGCUAGAAUAAGUGAUAGAAAUAAGAAAAGGAGGAAUAUUAGUGUAUACAUUUUUAUAUAACAAAUAUAAAUACAUUUUUAUAUAACAAAUGAAAGUAAUAACAAGAGGAAAUGUGGAAUAAUUGAAUAAUGAUCGAUUGUAACCUACUAUAAAUGUGUAUUAUUAUUUGAAAUACGUAAGUUGAUAAACGUAAUAAUUCUGAUUAAAUUUAUUAGUUUUAUUUGUAUUAGAAUGUAUGCUACCCUGCUGCCCCACUGUUCACGCAGUGAUUUGAGAUAUUUAUAAAAAAUAAAAAAACCGUUUAAAUAUAUAAACAGUGAAAGUGUCUUAAUUAAGAACACCAAAUAAU